UCCACCCACACUGAGGGGGUCACGUGACGGACCGUCGCCCAGGUUGUGGCGAAAGCAUCCUGGUGAUAGCAGUUAGCUUACCGCUAAACAUUUACAUUUGUCAACAUUUUUUAUAUAUUGGGCGAAUAUUAACCAGGCUCUAGUAAGGACAAAGAGGAUAAGGAACAACCGAAACGGCCUAUUUUUCUGACAUGGUUGAAUAGCCGAUAUCCGAACAGGCUCGUGAUCACUGCUAACUAAAUAUUAACUUUGACGGCACUAGCAACAAUUUGUUAGCUAGCUGCUAGUUUGUCAAAUUGCUACUACCAAUUCAGCUAGCCCAGGAAAUGUAUCUUGUUAUUGUAGCAGCUGUGCUAACUAACUAGCAUUGCGUUUAUAUACGUAUCCGCGUCAACGCUAUCAUUACGCGAAGAUAGCUAAAUUCUGAAUAAUGACAACUGUUAAGCAGCCUAUGCUAACGUCAACCAUGACAACUUCCUCUUAACUAAGAUGUACUCAAUGGCUCAAAAUCAGUAACGUUACUGGUUGCCCUUCUCGGUGCCAACGUUAAUAUUACAAUAUAGCGGACAGCAGCUGGUUAACAGCUUUAACCUGAAUUUCUACGAAGCUGCGAUCGAUAGCGGCCAAUAACAUGAGAUAAAUAAUGCGAAACACUAAGAUGUCAACCGAAUGGGGAUCAACGUUGAAGCAGCGGUAUUGUGUAGGAAACACAGCUGUCCGCUCAUUUCGGUAAUCCCUGAAAACCUCGUAUAUUGCAGACACAAUCGAUGUUUUACAGUGCUGAACGUGUUGUGUAAAUUGAAUAUUGCAUAAUCCGAGACAUCUGACUACCAAGUACACUUAAAGCAGUCUGCAUAGGAAAGAGUAUUUUCUUUUUUUGAAAUAAUGUCCGGGGACACAUCCGAUAGUAGUGAUGACUCCGAUGCAAAAACAAAUGAAAUGGCCUGUACCGUCAAGCAUCAAAUCACCAAUGCUAACCUCACAGGUCACUCUGAGAGGGUCGGUAUGGAGAACUUUGAGCUGCUCAAAGUUUUGGGCACAGGAGCUUAUGGUAAGGUGUUUUUGGUCAGGAAGAAUACCGGUCACGAUGUGGGCCAGCUCUAUGCUAUGAAGGUGUUAAAGAAAGCAGCUAUUGUUCAAAAGGCAAAGACGACCGAGCACACUCGCACUGAGAGGCAGGUGCUGGAACACAUCCGCCAGUCCCCCUUCCUGGUCACGCUUCACUACGCCUUUCAGACGCAGAGCAAGCUGCAUCUCAUCCUGGACUAUGUGAGCGGCGGGGAGAUGUUCACUCACCUGUACCAGCGGGACCACUUCCCAGAGGAGGCGGUGCGGAUCUAUAUUGGGGAAAUAAUCCUGGCCCUGGAGCACCUGCACAAGCUGGGGAUUGUCUACAGAGACAUCAAAUUGGAAAACAUUCUUCUGGACAGUGAAGGCCAUGUGGUGUUGACAGAUUUUGGGCUAAGCAAGGAGUUUCUGGAAGAAGAGAAGGAAAGGACCUACUCUUUCUGUGGCACCAUUGAGUACAUGGCACCUGAGAUCAUCAGGGGGAAAUCAGGGCAUGGCAAGUCGGUAGAUUGGUGGAGUCUUGGGAUCCUGAUGUUUGAGCUUCUGACGGGCGCUUCUCCUUUUACCCUGGAGGGCGAGAGGAACUCCCAGGGCGAGGUGUCGAAACGUAUUUUGCGGUGUGAUCCCCCGUUCCCCUCUAUGAUCGAACCCACUGCUCAGGACCUGCUGAGGAAGUUGUUGGUGAAAGAUCCUCACCGGCGGCUGGGCUCGGGGCCGCGGGGGUCCGAAGACAUCAAAGCACACGCCUUCUUCAAGGGGCUGAACUGGGCCGACCUAGCACAGAGGAAGGUGCAGAGUCCUUUCAGGCCCGAGCUGAAGAGCGAACUGGACGUCGGGAACUUUGCUGAGGAAUUCACCGAGAUGGAUCCCGUGUACUCUCCGGCGAGCACGCCGCCGAGCACCGACCGCCUGUUCCAGGGUUACUCCUUUGUUGCCCCUUCCAUCCUGUUCAACAAGAAUGCGGUCAUGGGAGACUUUGUUAAAUCCCACACCGGUGCUGAUCGUCCGGCUUCAGCCUCGGUCCAACGCAGUGCAAUACUAGAGGAAUCCCAGUUUUUUCAGCACUAUGAGCUGUGUCUUCAUGGGCCACCCCUGGGUGAGGGUAGCUUCUCCGUGUGCAGAAAAUGCCGACAUAAGCAAACUGGCAACGAGUUCGCCGUCAAGAUAGUCAGCCGGAGAAUGGAGGCCAACACCCAGAGGGAGGUUGCUGCUUUGAGGCAAUGCGAAACUCACCCAAACAUUGUCAAGCUGCAUGAAGUGUACACUGAUCAGUACCACACAUAUCUAGUGAUGGAGCUCCUGCGAGGUGGGGAGUUGCUGGAAAGGAUUAAGAGGAAGAAACUCUUUGGAGAGGCGGAGGCCAGUCAGCUGUUACAGAGCCUGGUCUCUGCGGUCAGCUUCAUGCACGAGGCCGGAGUCGUGCACCGAGACCUCAAACCAGAAAAUGUGCUGUUUGCAGAUGAGGCGGAGGACUCCAUGCUGAAAGUAAUAGAUUUUGGAUUUGCCCGCCUGUGCCCAGCAGGCAGCGCCCCCCUGCAGACUCCCUGCUUCACGCUGCAGUACGCUGCACCUGAACUUUUUGAGAGCGCAGGUUACGACAAAGCCUGCGACCUCUGGAGUCUCGGGGUCAUCUUGUACACCAUGCUGUCAGGCCAGGUGCCAUUUCAGAGUGAGCAGCGGGGGAUGACCUCAUCGUACGCUGCUGACAUCAUGCAAAAGAUUAAAGAGGGCGAUUUCUCAUUGGACGGGGAGGCAUGGAAGGGCGUAUCGGAGGAUGCCAAAGAGCUUGUUAAAGGCCUGCUGACAGUGGACCCAGAGACCCGUCUCAAACUGUCGGAUCUGAAAGAGAACAGCUGGCUGCAGGGCGCAGCCUCCAUGUCCACCACUCCUCUGUGCACUCCAGAUGUGCUGGAGUCUAGCGGGCCUACCGUCCGCACCUAUGUCAAUGCCACCUACAAGGCUUUCAACCUUGGUAAGAGAGAGGGUUUCUUCCUGAAGAGUGUCGACAAUGCUCCGCUUGCAAAGCGCAGAAAGCUGAAGAUGACGAGCACAGGCGUCGAGACCCGCUGGAGUUCAUCCUCUUCCUCCUCCUCCUCCUCCACUUCGUCCUCUGCCUCUGCAACAACAUCCAAAACUCAGCCAAAACAAACUGGGACCCCAAAGCAAACUGGGACCCCGAAGCAAACGAGCUAGCCUGAAAGGGCGCGGAGAGAACAGAAGGGAAAUUAAGAGGUACAUGCUUAUACGGUUAACAGUGUCCUACCGUGGGGGGCGUGGGGGGUCACCCAAAAAAAGAAAACAUCGGUCCAGGUCAGCUGUUUUCGGUAGAAAGAACGGCAAAGCAAAAUUGUUCAUCAUGCCAAAUUCUCCCCAAACCAAACGGUUUUUCUUUGAACAAAGGAGUAGAUGGUGGAAGUCUAGUUUUGCAUCCUUAAGAUGCACAGAUAUCUGUGGCCUUGAGAAAAAUAUUUGUAUCCAGUAUUUGCUGACUACAGUUUGAGGACAGCGCACACUAAAAAGUUAAAAAUGAGACAGUUGAUUUCACUCUCGGUAAGAAGCAGUGCCUGGCUAUACAGGGACAAAGGGAAAACGGAGCCAUAGAUGAGUUGAAGCCAUAUUUAUACCAACUCAGUGAAAGAAACGUUAUGAAUACACACAGGUUUGCAAAUGAAAAGCCCUUCACAAACUGAAUCCUUCGAUAGUGUAUUUAUUUUUAACUUUAUUACACACAUAACAAUUUGUCUAAAAUUUAGUCCACAAGUGUUGUCCCACACAAAAGCACUAACCUUUUUUUUUUUUUUUUUGCUGAGAGCGUAAAUGAUCCACAAAAGGCCAAUAGCUGGAGGGAAUGAGCCCAGAGGGAAACGCUUCUGUAUGUGUGACCUUUGGGAUCACAGAGGAUGCUGUUGUCACAAUGGUCUCUAUUGGAUGCAGUCUCAUCUCCAUCGAUGUCUCUGAUGAGGAUGUCUCUGAUGAGGAUUUAUAAACCCAGAAGAAGACACAAAAGCGGUUAUUGAAAUAUGUGUGCAGUUUUCUCGUCGUACUUGCUGUAAAUGAUCCGCAUUGUUUUGCCGCUCUGACCAUUUCUAGCAUCCUUAUGUGGUGUGGAAAUGAACUGUUUGAACCAUUUUUAAUAUUUUGGUAUCCCAAGUGCGCUAUGGAAAUGUUUUUAACAUUAGCACAAGAGCGUUUGUAUUUAGAUCUUGGUGGUUUAAUGUGUCCAUCGCCUUUUUCAGAGGGUAAUACAGUUAUCUCUGUUGUCCUGUCAGACCAGCGCCAUAUGCGGUUCUCACAAAUGCGAUCUGACAAAGUGAAAUAUUAUGUCCCCCUCGAUCAAGCCCAUUGGGAUGCCACCUGUGAUCUAAGGGUCACCCAAAUUUGUGCUUUUAAAACCUUGUAUGGCUUUGAAAUUAAAAUAAUGUCACAGAAUGAGACACUUAAUAAUGAAUUUAUUAUGGUUCAGAUGAGCCCAUCUUGCAACUUCUGUAUAUACUCAUUCUUGAUUUAGAGCAAUGUAUGGAAUGAUUUUAAGAUUUGAAAACUGUUUUUAUGGUAUAUUAAGUCUUUUUUUUGUGGACUUUUUCUUUUUUUUACGUGUUGCACAGUUGAUCAAUUGAACACAUUUCAGCUUUAAAGGUGCUUUCCUUUAUAUUUAUUACAUGUAAUUGAUAUUAAUGCUGUGCUAAUGGGAUUAAUGAUUGAAUUGGUUCUUGUGUACCAGCACCAAAAGAGAGAGUGUGUUUCUGUGUGUGUGGCCCUGAUUGAUUGUGUGGGAGCAUGAAUGGUGCUGGGAAAUUGGUCGUAUCAAUAUUUCUGUACCAGAUGAAGCGUUCUUGCAAGUUACUGUAUUAUUUCCUUCUUGUUUUCCUUCUUUGUCUGUUUGUAAGGUUGUUUUGUGUUUGGACAUUUGCUAUUUUUCUGAAGAAACUGCUUUCAUUGGUGUUCUUUUGUUGUAUUGAAUGAUAUUUUUCUCCUUUGCUUCCUUUUUUUGAGCAUUAUUAUUUUACGGAGAUGCACUGUCACUGAUGAUGUAACUGGGAAUUUAUCUUUUGCACCAUGUUAUUUUUGUUUGGUGCAAAAUAAAUAAGACUUUUAAAUAGA